AUGGCUGAUCCUUCCUUCCAGUCUGACCUGGAUUUCUGCCCUGAGUGUGGAACAAUCCUGCCACGACCUGGUCUCGAGAAGUACGUCGUGUGUCGCAACUGUGAUUUCCAAAUCAGUGUUCACAGGUUGGUGUAUGACUUGCGGCAGACCCGAUUGGCAAGUGAAGGGCAGACUGUGUCCUACACGUGCAUGAGUUGCAGGUGCCAUGAAAAGGAUGACUCCUAA